CACACAGUCCAGCGGUUGGCUUAAAGUUGGCCUGCAAUUAAAAACAUUAUGAGCAGUAGUAAGAAGAUGAAGACAUACAUUCGGAAUGGGAAGAACAAUAUUUCUUUACAGCAGUUUAAGCUGGAUGAAUCCACAGAUGUCGUUGACACCUCUCAGAUGUCCGUGUUCAUCAGGAUGGUUUUUAGUGAUUUUACGAUUAAAGAUCUUUUGAAGUUUAUUCCAAUAAAAUGAUAGAGUACUGGCACGUCUUGUUUUUUUCUUUUAAAAAUAUUAUUUCUUCUGAGAAAAUUCCAAUAUCGAAAAUGGUAGGCUGGACAACUGAUGGCGCUCCAGCUAUGGUGGGUCGUGAUAAGGG